UAUAAACAUUUGAGAAUCAUUUAAUAAAUAUUUGGAAAACAUUUGGAAAACGUUUUGAAAAUAUUCGAAAAAAGUUUGAGAAAAUUUGGAAACAUCCAUCCAUCCACCUAUCUUCUCGUGCGUCCAUCCAUCCAUCCAUCUACCACUCACCCAUUCAUUCAUGGAAACUUUCCCUCGAAUGUUUCCAAAACGUGAGAGUUGCCGCCGCUGCCCGACUCACUCCAGCUCCUGAAGGUGGCGCAGAAAGUCUCUGGGGUUUCUUCUCCCUCACGACCCUGGCCCAGCACAUGAGCAAAAGUUCCGAUUGUUUUUUAAUCUUCUGCGAAACAAUAAUGAACUCUCCAAACACCUCGCCAAGCAGCAUGCUGUUAGAACUGGACACGUGCCGCCAGAAGCACUACAUCGGCAAGGACUCCUUCAUGGCCUUCUUCAAGAGUCACCUUGUCCUCACCCGUCUCCCAAUGCAUUCAGUUGACAGGGAGGACGUGCUCAAGGCCUACCACGACUACUGUACUGGCCUGGGAUUGCAGGAAGCGAAGUCACUUAAUAUAUCGAGGCAUCUUAGGAAGUCUGGAGUCCCAGCUGUGAGAUACUAUAGCGGCGCCUUCAAGACAGAAUACGUGGGAGUGAGCUGGAAAGAAGGCCAUGGACAAAAUGUGAAUCAAUUCCGUAAGGGUAAGCUCAGGACGAUGACACUGGAGAAGUAUCGGGAGUUGGUGAAGAAGAUGCGAAAGGAGAGGAAGCCGAAGCAUAUCAUCAAGAAGGAGAAGGAGGAAGCUAAAAUUGUGGGCAUGCUUGAUGACGUCAGCGGAGGCUUCUCCGCAUCUGUUACCGUUCAGCCAGUGAAGUCCCACUUCGAGUGGCUUUUUCCCAAGGUGGUAAUUCCUUCUUGGGACGAAGAAAAGGAAGGAAGGAAGGAAGGAAAUGGAAACAACAAAGAACGGCGAGAAUGACGGCACGAAAAAAACAACUAAGAUGUGGCAUGUGAUGGAGUCUGCUAAGCUGAGAACAGUGACGAAGGAGGAAAGAGGACAUGAUGAGGUACAAAUGUUCAACAUGGUCGAGGAGGUGGACGAAGGAAAUGAAAUACAUGUGUUAGCACUAAAAAUGAAAGAGGUUGAGCAUGACUUAGAAAGGGAGAGGAUGUUUGAGGGAGAGAAAAAGGACAGAGAGAAAACCGUAGUUAUGAAAAACAGUGAAGAGAAUAAUGUCAGUUUAGAUAGGACUGAGAUUUUUGAUGAGAAACUGCAUAAAGUGUUAAUUACGGAUAUGUUACGUACCGAGGAUGAAUGCCAGAUGAAAAAGAGAAGAACGAAAUCCUCUUUGAAUGUUAACCCUGUGAAUUCUAAAGAUGAUAUGGUCCUGGUAAGAGGUAACAGGAACGCACAGAAAACAGCACAACCACACCCAUCAUUGCCACGACCAGCAGAGGAUGAAAACCAGAAAGAAAACAUCAAUACAAUGAAAACAAUGGAGGAAAUGAAAGCAAACCUGGAGACCAAGGAGAUGGAUAUAGUAGGGAAUACACCAACUAUACCAAGGAAAGAUAAGGAAGGAAGAGGAAACACAAAGAACAUAGUACGAACAAAAAAAAAAGAGUAAAAAGCAUCAAUGGAAAGAACAUACUAUCAUCACCAACAGCCACUUGCCCUUUCAGUAAGUCUACCUCCAACCUCACAAUCACUUCUACAUCAUCGUCAGGAACAUCACCAGCAGCACCAAGAGUAUCCGACACAGUAAAACACAACUUUGAGCCUUAUGAGAAAACCUUUGAGCUCAUAGAAGCCAUUCGUAACCUGGAAGACAAAUACGGUCAUCCUGCUGUGUACAAGCUAGCUGAUAACAUUGCUGAGAAAGGCGAUGCUCCGAUAUCGAUGAAAACGAAAACGAGGACUGAGCGGGAAGUCCAACUAGAAAAGAUUAAAUUCACGAUCGCUUAUCUUAACCUGUGGAAGGCGCUUCAGUUCUAUCUCCUCCCACUCCUGCCAAUGGGGGAGGCAAAGCCAAUCAGAGAGGCGAAGAAGGCCAUAAAGGAAUAUAUGAGGCAUAUGGAAGAGGACAAGUACAGAUUCGCACUCGUCCUCUGGGAGAUGCUGAAACACGUGAGGGAAGAAAGGAGGGAAGAAGUCCUGGGUUCUUUUUUCCUGAAGCUCGUUAGAAGUAAAUACGUGAUGGAGUGCCGGACAGGAGGAGGAGGAAGAUAGAAGAGAUGAGGAAAUGGAGAUGAGUUACAGUGACAGUGAAAAGGUGGUUAUAGAUGAGGAAGACAUGGAUAAUGAUGAUUAUUAUUAUGAAAAUGAGGGGGAAAAGGGCGAUGACGAAGAUAAGGAAGCAAAAGAGGAAGAGAAUGAAAAGGAUAACAAGGACGUGGAAAAAUACAUGAAUGAACCAUUACGUGAUGAUCAGGUCAACGAAACUGAAAGUGUAAGUGAAGUAAACGAUGAUGAGAAUUAUACAAACGACAGUGAGGCAGUCCCCAACAGAAACACGAUGCCAGUCCUCACCGCCACCAACACUACCGUCAAUACGCAACCAACUAUGGCAGAUACCGUCUUCCCUAUCACAACCACCGCUACUAGAGACACCGCCGACAUAAUUCAACCUUUCCCCGCCAUCACCGUCACAACUGUACUUGAAACGAUGACUACCACCACAACCACCACUCCCACCAUGACUCCCACUAGACCCAAAAUUAGAAACACAGCAAUCACGAACACUCUGAAGUCCCAUACAAGUAACUCAGUUUUCACCAGCGACCCAACACUUGAAUUCAUUGAUGACGAUGACACUGAGUUCAUGUCCUCCAGGUGCUCCAGCAAUUGCAUCUCCUCCCCCUCCUCCUCCUCAGAUUAUAACGAGGAAGAGUUACAACAACACCUACACGAUGAUAUACACACCUCAGUGCAAUCUAAACACGCAGCAAGGGAAAGAGAGAAGAUGGAUGCACUCACGGACGAGUUUCGUUUGGUCAUGAAUGCUACUGAAUACUACAAGAGCUACACAGGAAGGCUAUUGAACCAUGGGCUGCGGAGGGAAGUCCCCUGUUUAGUGGAGAUGCUACUUGGGGAAGAAGUGAUGACCCCCUGCGUCCGUGAGUUUCUAGACAACAUCAGUCUUCAGGAGUGGGCGGAAUUCUGCGAGCAUCCUGAUUUCAUGGAUAGCCUUUCAAGCUUCUUUCGAUAGGAUGAAAAGUAAUUGGAACAAAUGAGUGAGAUCUGCAAGCCUUGUGUAACUAGACGUGAAAAAAAAAAAGCACGGUGACAAAUAUUAAUGAGGGAAAAAAUUGCCAGUGGUGGGAAAUUAACGAGGCGUGAUUCUCAAAUGUAUCCAGUGGGAUUUUACAAGAAAACUCAGACGGUCGACAAUUAUUUAUUCAUUGAUUUACUUGUUUAUUUUAAGGCUUGAAGGAAAUUUAAAAAAUAUUGAAGGAAUAAAUGGAUAUUUUCAUAUAGAUAUAUUAUGUUGCGCUGGGAGGAUGGUGAAUUUCUGAAGAGAUUUAUUUUCUUAUUUUUUAUAAAAUAGUGACAAAUUACGACCCAGUCGAGAUUUAAAACGUAUUUUUCCACUAAGACUUAAAUAUGGUAAACCACUGAAAAGAGAACUGGAUAUUUUCAAAUAGAUAUAUGUUAUGUAGUGAGAAUGAUGAAUUUCUGAAGUGAUUCUUUUUUUUUCAAUAAAAUGUUGAAGCAAACGA